GAGCUCCCAUCACCUUGUGUGGCCCAAUCCCAUUGCGUAGUGAACUUUCCUGCGCCAAGUCUUGCUACAUUCAUCGGUGUAAGGGACGUCUUCUGCCCUCUUCUUUUCCUAUUUUAUUAUUUUUUAAGUGGGCGAGAUACUUCCCUCCCAACCACCUUUCUCAAGCUUUUUCCUUUCUCGUAACUCAUCUAGACCUUUCAUGUGAGCCCGUCGUGUUCGGCUAGCUUGCGCCCCUGUACUUUUAAGCAGAGCUGUAGAUAUAUGUAUGUAUAUCACCAUACCCACUCCUUUAAUAGUCAAGACUGUUUACACCUGCGGACGAUGGCGGGCGACACCGCCAGCGACGGCAUUCCGCUGCUCACACGCCUCCUCCUCGUCCGUGCCACCGCCUUCUUCGAUCCGUCUUUCCCGAGCGAUGUGCACCAGCCUUCGGCCUCGUCACGGCCGCUUCCUCGCAGACGAUCAUCGACAGCAGCCACGCCAGCGGUCAGCACCACAACAGCGGCUGCCACUCAGGUCAAGCCGUCCCUACGCAUCGUGGCCCAUUACACCGAAAGCGCAGCGAACAAAACGGCUUCGACUGCGGACCCGUCCGCUCUCCGUAGUGCGACGACGACACCGAAGGAGGACGCCGACUUCUUCGCUGCGCACGCGACGCUGCAUCAGCUGCUGUCCUCGCUGGCCUCCGACCGGCUGCGUGAAAAAGUAAAGCUGCGGCAGACCCAAACGGACAUCGCACGCACGGCGGUGCAGCUGGCUCGUGCGACGGCCGGCUCCUCGGCAACGGCAACGGCCGCCGCAGGGUCCCCGGAUGCGAUCGGCUUCUUCCCGAGCUCCAUCGCGAGUGCCUCCUCGUCCUCUUCCCUCAAAAGGAACGAAUUCUACGCGAAUGCGACAAACGUGGAUGACGAAAGCAGUCAGAGCGGCGCGGGAAGCAGCAACAGCAUCAGCAGCAACAACCCGCAGGUGCAAGGCAUCCUGGCGGCGACCACGGCAACCUUUGCCGAGGAUGCGGCGUGGCGCAGCUUGAUGACACCCUACCAGCCGGAGCUGAACCCGUGGAGUCUCACGCCUGUGUCGGACGAAGGCUGCUACGUGUCGCUGCCCUCUCCGGCCUACGUUCACUGGUGUGAAGUGCAGGCCGCCCGCUACUGCCGUGCAGCAGACGGCGCAGAAACGAGCUCGGUGGAGCCGGAGGUGCAGGGCGGCCCGAUGUUAUACAACGACGUUGUGCACUACGCGAGCGGGAACGAUGUGGGCGGAAGAAACGUCUGCAGCGGCAGCGGCGAAGAGCUGGGCUACGUACACGGCUACGUCUUUCUCCUCGACGGCGCGGUCUUCGCGGGGGCGGGCGAGCAGCAGGCGGCCGCGACCUCCGAUAGUGGACCGCUCUCCAGUAGUGACGGUGAAGUAAGCGUGCUGCUGUGGUGCGUGCUGAGUGACGCGCCGGUGUUCAACUUCAUGCGCUCGCUGACGCUGGAGGCGGUGACCGCGAUGAGCUACGUGGCGCAGCGCACGUAUCACGCGUUCGCCGAGUCAUCACCCUCGCACGGCGCAGCGGCAGAGAUAGUUGGGGGUGUCGGCACGGAUGUGUACACGAGCGCGCUGGACAGCGCGUUGGACGAGAUGGUGGUUCGACCGCUUGCGGUGGAGCUGGUUCGGCACGGCUCGGUGUCCAGCUGCACCUUGCCGGGUGACAGCUUCACCGUGCACCUGCCAGCAACGCGUGGGGGCCACGCCGGCGUCGCGGCACGUCUGCAGACGUCGUCGUCGACCGCGUCUGGCGCGGCAACGUUUCGCCGCCCGGUGGAGCUGCUCUUCCCCUUCUCCGAUGUCCCGCUCGCGGUGCUGCUAUUGAGCUUCGGCGAGGACGCGCUGCGGGUGCUGCAGUCGCUACUGAUGCAGGAGGAGCGCGUCGUCGUCAUCGGAGCCACGCCGCAGCACGCGUCCGCCUGUGUGGUGAGUCUGCCGAGCCUCAUCGUGCCAUUUACCUGGGUCUCCCCCUUCGUGCCGUACCUCCCACCGCACGCUGCAGCCGAGACAGGGCUGUUGUAUACCUUGUUGUCGACGUCCUUCUCCGUUUCGCGUCAACUCGAGCCACAUCAUCAACCGCGGCAGUCCGGCACUCCUGGCUCGUCGUCAUCGCAGCAGCAGCAGCAGCAGGUGCAAAGUGCCGGCUUCCUGCUCGGCAGCACCGCCGGCAUUCGGCCAUAUUUGAUGUUUCUAUCCGCCUUUGGUGUGGCGGAGGAGGGCGGCGGAAGUAAAGGAUCUCGCAGUGGUCGCCCGCCACGCGUGUGGAUCGCUGAUGCGCGCACCGGUGCCGUCGGUGUGUGUCCUACGGAACCCGUUUCUCCGUAUGUACUCACCGAUACGAAGGCACAAAGCGAGAACGGUACGAGGAAUAGGAAUUCGAGUACUGGCACGGAUCGCAGCUGCACGGCUCACGGCGGUGCCUGCGCGUGGACCGCGCCGGUGCACCUUGACCCCCGUGCUGCUGCUCCGCAGGUGUACGCCGGCGGCUCCCCUCGGGAGACGUCCCAAAGCCCCUACGUGCUCUACCACGCGGUGCGCAGCACCCUCCGCACGGCGGCGGAGCUCAACGUGAUGGACGCGGCUUCGCUGGAUGUACUGCCGCCUUUUCAUGACGAACUGUGCGAUGCGCUGCGGCGUGUGGCGCCGGCAGAGAAGCGGCGACAGUUCCGCCACGCGUUGGAAGCGCUGACCCAGCACACCCAAGCGCGGGUGGACCACCUCGCCUCCCUCGCCGCGCGUCUGGCGCGCGGGCUACGACAAGCACGGCGGGCCGCCGCUGCUACGGCCGGCGCGGCGCGCCUCAAUGGCUUCGGCACAGACAGUGUGAACAGUACAGACAACGGCAGCUGCAGCAGCAGUAUCAGCAGCAGCAACUGCAGCAGUGGCAGUGACGAUAAUGAUGGUGGUGGUGGUGGAGCGGCGAGCGUGGAAGAUACCUUUCAGAAGGACGAAAACGCGUCUUUCCGCGCCGUGGCAGAGGCGAGAGCGGCGUCUCACUCCCUUGCCUUUCCUGACCCGUCCUCGUCCAGCGACCAUGCCCCGUUCCCCACUCUCUCGCCCAGCGACAUCUGGCAGGUGCAGUCGGGCUUCCUGGGCUACGUGGUGGAGCGCCUAGCCGGUGGCUAUCGUCGCGGCAUCACGGUGGACGGCAGUGGCAGCAGCCGGCGCCGGUUCAUGCAAGCUUCCGUCUUUCUCACGCCAGGGCUGGACCAGCACUACGUUCUGGCCGAGACCGUCGCCCGCACACACCUGUUUCGACAGUUCGAAGGGGCGGUUCUGGCGGCCGAGGCGCUCGGUCUGCGCCGUGUGCUGGGCGGGUGCGGCCUACGCGUCUCUCGCGACGGCAACGGUGAUGCAGGCGCGUGUCACGUCAUGGUGAAGUACCUGCGCCCCCUCGCGCUGUUCGCCGUCCUCUGUGACCGGGCCCGGCUGCAGUACCCCGAGCUGUACGCCGAUGUCCCCCGUCUCGACGCCGUGGGCACGGUGUACACCACGCUGGUGGAGCGCUGCUUUACGCACCGCACCGGUCCACCUCCGGCGGCCGUGUCGGUGCCUUCAAUUAUACGCAGCAUCGCCGGCAGCAGCGCGGCCUCGGACGUCCAUCGUGCGGCUGUCGUCUCGAGCAACAGCACCGGCGCCUACACAAGCAGCAACAGCAGCGGCGGCUUCCGCAGCUUUCUGUCCAAGGCGGCCAAAGCGAUGAAGCUGCACAGUGGAGGUAACAGCGGCAGCAACAGCAGCGGUGGCGGGCGUGGGCUGCCGGUGGUGUACAUCGCCGCCUCCGUUGCGUGCCUUAACAGCUUCGCCGUCGCCCCGUUCUCCGCCCAGCACGUCGUCCCGCAGUCGUUUCAAAUUACGACGUACGACCGCAGCGGGCUUGACGGCGAGCGACAGCCCCGACACCACCACCACCGUGGCCUUCACUUGCGGCGUCACGGUGGGGCAAAGAAAGGAAGUCAUCGUCGGCGUCGCGGCAAGUCCCUGGCGGAUCUCUACGCCAUUCCGGUAAAACCUCAGCGACAGCAGUGGGAGCUGCAGCAGCGGUAUCAGCAGCGCACGGCCAUUCACAUCGACUUCACGCUGGAUGACUGCACGACUGUGGUACGGAACGUCAACGCGUCAGGUGGCGUGAGCGGGGCCGCGGUCGGGGUGUCGAACAGCAGCGUGUAUGUGAGCGGGGUCGGGUUGGACGCGGAGGCCCUGACGGCGCGGGCGCGGGCUGGCAGCGGCGGCAGUAACGACGCGACGAUUCGAAUAAUGGCCGAGGCCUCGCUCAGUAUAUGCCACACGCUACCGCUGGACAUAGUGCACCAAUUCGAUGCCUAUGAACCGCUGCUCGCGCCUGUUGUGGUCGCCUCGUCCUCCGCCUCCGUCACGGGAGAAGCUGCUGCGACGGUGGUGGUGGGGGAAGGGGACUUCACCGGCCCAGCCGCCUACAUGGGCGUGGGUCUGCUGUGUCCUUCCUGUGUGAACGUGUGGCGCGAAGGAGAAGCGCGGGCAACGCGUGUGCUGCUGGAGCAGCGCAGCAGCAACUCCUCGCAGCUGCCGCCGAAGCCGGUGAAGGUAAUCGGGGCCGCCACGCCCUCUGAAGCGCAGUCGUCCAUGGCGCAGCCCGACUCUCCGCCGCCGCCGCAGACGGGAUCCGUCGCAGCAGCAAACAGGACGCGAGUGGGCGCGCCACCCGUCACUUCGUGGGGGACCUUCACUUCCGGGGCCCCGCUUGGAUUCCCGAUCGACAGCACCCCUUGCUAUCUCCCCGCGGGACACAACGGCGGCAGCAGCGGCCCCAACGACACGAACAAGGCAGUGCUGUCGUCCGUUGACACGGCCCACUCCGCCUACGCCGCCCCUCCCGUUCUUUCUGCCACGUCGGCCGUCAGUCCCACCGCGCCAGCGUCACGCGCCAAUGUCCAUCACGAUGCGUGGGAUAGCUGGGGGGUGCAGGCACCGAUGGUCGCCGUGAGCACCCCAAGCACGGUGGCGGCUACCGACGUGCAUACCGGCAGUCCGACCAACAGCGGCAGUCGCGAGGUGAUGACGGCGGCGCAGCCAAUGUCCGCUCCCGCGCCGGGAGACGUGAUGGAUGAACUGUUUGGGGGUCUCUCUGGCUACAGCAACGUGGGCAGCGCGAGCAGCACUGUGCAGCAGCAGCAACAACCACCUCGGCGUCAAACGCUCGAUGACUUCUUCUGA